GACGCUUCAUUUACUUCAUUAGAUACGGAGGCUAUUAUGCCAAACGGUUUUAUUCUCAACGACGCAUGCGCACAUUUUCUCUGUUCUCCCCCUCUAACGGCCAACUGAAACUGUAACUGUUUUAACGCUGUAGCGCUUCCUGAGUAUCAGAUCUCAUCCUACUCUCUGUUAUCUCUUUGCCACAACCUACAACAGAUUGUACACAAUCAUCAUGGCGACCCAGGAUGGAGGUGAAGAAGUCAUAAUGGAAACUGAGGCGAAGCCACAAGAAUCUGAACCACUAUGUGAAGGUGCUGAAAAAGGUGACACAGAAACGGCGUCCCACACAGAAGCAGGGAAUGCCACAACUCAGGAAUCUAGUAUUAGCAAUGGGGACGAUGCAGAUGACCAGCGUGAGAUGGUGGACGUGAAGAUUAUCUGGAACAAGAAAAAAUAUGAUCUGAAAAUUCCCCUUGAUGACACCGGAGCCAAACUAAAAGACAGCAUCCAUUCACUCACUGGUCUUCCACCAGCAAUGCAGAAAGUGAUGUACAAAGGAUUGCUCCCAGAGGACAAAACGCUACGAGAAAUAAAGAUUACAAAUGGUGCAAAAAUAAUGGUGGUAGGAUCAACAAUAAACGAUGUAUUAGCUGUGAAUACACCCAAAGAGGUUAUUCAGCAGGAAGUCAAAGCUGAAGAAAACAAGAAAGAGCCUUUAUGCAGGCAAAAGCAACACAGGAAAGUUUUGGACAAAGGUAAACCUGAUGACAUAAUGCCAGCCAUUAAAGGAACAAAGGAACGAUUACCAACAGUGCCUUUAUCUGGGAUGUUUAACAAGUCAGGAGGAAAAGUUAGACUCACUUUCAAACUGGAGCAGGAUCAGUUAUGGAUUGGAACCAAGGAAAGAACAGAGAAAGUCCCAAUGGGCUCCAUUAAAAAUGUAGUUUCUGAACCCAUUGAAGGCAAUGAGGACUAUCACAUGAUGGCUUUUCAGUUGGGUCCUACAGAAGCGUCUCAAUAUUGGGUCUACUGGGUGCCUGCACAGUUUGUCGAUGCAAUCAAAGACACAGUCCUUGGAAAAUGGCAGUAUUUCUAAUGUGCCUCUUUUUUUGAUGAUGAACUUGGAUCGAGAGGACGAGCCAAUGAAAAAUGAAACUGGAGACAGCAGUGAAGCAUAAGGAACUUCUUGGAAUAUUUUGGAAGGAACCUAUGGAUGCCUACGGACUAAUCAUGUUGUUUUUAGGUUAAAAGGUGCACUAUGUGGCAGCAUAACAUUUCUCAGCCCUGUUGAGCAUUCAAGGUUUUCUGCAAAUCCAAGGGAAAAUGAUGAAACAAUUGUACAGAAAUUGCUAACACUUUUCUUCAGUUAUUCUUAAAGAAAUAAAAAUUAUUUAAUGAAAUGUA